AUGUACAAGUUAAAGACGUCGAGCGAAGAAUUAAAGUCGAUUGGGACUCCGAAGUGGAUUUCACGAUGUGGUAACUGCAGUAUAAUCGUAAAGCGAGAAGACGCACUUCGGGGAGAAGUCGUUGUUGCUGGUGGAAGACUAUGGCACAAGCAGCACUUUCAAUGCACAGAAUGCAAGGCUCCCCUGCCCAACAUGGAGUACUACGUAAUCGGAAACAGCGUAGUGUGCAUUGACUGUCACCUUGAUGACGUCAGCCCAAAAUGUACAGGCUGCGGAAGAGCGGUUUACGAAGAGUACUUCUCUAUUGAUGGGAAACCUUUCCAUCACGACUGCUUCCUUUGUAGCCGGUGCAGAAAUCCUAUUCCAGGUGGGCAGUAUCUGAUGCUGGACGAAAAAUGGAUUGUUGGAAGUUGUUUCUUCGUGUCCCCUUCACCAGAAUUGAAUUUAAGCAAAAUUUCCGCCUCUAUCAUUUCCAAUUUAUCGUAUGGACUUCGACGAAAUGAAGAUGGCGUUCUACACGGUGGAACCCAAGAUUCUACUUUCGCGUUUGACCAUCAUUUCUCAAUCCCCACGCAAAGUUCUCAGAUAACCCAUGGCAAUCUAACUGGUGGAGUGGAUAGCAAUGCUGAUUUAACUUUCCAUGAUGUUGAAGAGGAAGAGCAAACACAAGUAGAAAAGCUCCCAGAGCACUCUUGUCGCUAUUGUGGUAUCUACGAGUCAAGCUGUGUUGCUAUGUGCACAGUUUGUAAUCGAUGGUUUUGCAACGGCAAAGGAAGUACAUCAGGCUCGCAUUUGAUCACUCAUCUUGUACGAUCUCAACAUAAAGAAGUCUGCCUUCACCGUGAGUCACCCCUUGGAGAAACGCAGCUGGAGUGCUACCAGUGUGCAUCGCGAAACGUAUUUAUGUUGGGAUUUAUUCCAGCCAAAGCUGACUCUCUUGUGGUUAUACUUUGUCGGCAUCCCUGUGCACAAAUUGCAUCGCAGAAGGAUCCUAAUUGGCAGGGAGAAGAAUGGAAACCACUCAUAAAUGAACGGCAGCUUCUUUCAUGGAUUGUAAAUGUUCCAUCAGAACAAGCUCAACUAAGAGCACGACAUAUUACAGCUGCUCAAGCCAGCCGUCUUGAAGACCUCUGGAAGGAACAUCCGAAGGCAACCAUUGAAGAUCUUGAUCGUCCUGGUGUUGACACGGAGCCUGAAAGUGUUCUUCUUAGGUAUGAAGACGCAUUUCACUAUCGACGCAUUUUUGCACCGCUUGUUCGAGAGGAGGCCGAAUUUGACAGGAAGACGAAGGAAUCACAAACACAAAGUGUUGGGCAUGUACGUUGGGAUCAAGGACUUAACAAAAAGCAUCUGGCAUUCUUCCAUCUUCCCAAGUUCAUGGAAGGAAGUAUGAAAUUAAUGAUUGGAGAUGAGUUACGGCUGAAACACAAUCAAACAAUCGAGCGAGAGUGGUCCUGUCUCGGACAGGUCUUCAAAAUACCGGACAACCACAGUGACGAAAUUGGGAUUGAAAUGCGUGCAGCUUCCUCAGAAAAGAUGCCCACAGAUCCAAGAAUAAAUUUUACUUGUGAGGCUGUUUGGAAUUCGACAUCGUUUGACCGGAUGUAUCAAGCACUGAACACACUCGAGAAAGAUCCUCAUUGCGUUUCGCAGUAUAUUUUUCACAAAUUGAUGGGUCAUGACAUUGACGAAAUCCUCUUCAAAGUCCAACAGCCAAAACGUUUAUCCGCUCCGGGGCUUCCUGAGCUGAACCACAGUCAGAUGCAUGCUGUAAAAACGGUACUUAUGAGACCACUCAGCCUCAUUCAGGGGCCUCCGGGAACUGGAAAGACAGUCACUUCGGCCACUAUUGUUUACCACCUUGUGCAACAAACACAAGGUCAGGUAUUGGUGUGUUCUCCGUCCAAUAUUGCCGUGGAUCAACUUGCGGAAAAAAUCCAUCGCACAGGACUGAAGGUCGUGCGUCUUUAUGCGAAGUCAAGAGAAGCCCUCGACACAAAUGUUGAGUUCUUAGCUCUUCAUGCUCAGCUGAAAGCUCUCAAAGAGUCUGCCGAAUUGCAGAAAUUACAGCAAUUAAAGGAGGAAAUUGGCGAAUUGUCUGCCGCGGAUCAAGAACGUUACAUAAAUUUGAAGAAAAUGAGUGAGCACAAACUGCUAGCUGCCGCGGACGUUAUCUGUUGCACAUGCUCCUCAGCUGCAGAUGCACGCCUCUCUAGAAUUAAAAUCAAAUGUGUAUUGGUUGAUGAAUCUACCCAAGCAACAGAGCCUGAGGUUUUGGUCUCGAUAGUACGCGGUGUUCGACAACUGAUUCUGGUAGGGGAUCACUGUCAGUUAGGACCAGUCAUUUUGUGUAAGAAGGCUUCUAAAGCGGGCUUGUCUCAGUCCUUGUUCGAGCGUUUGGUUCUUCUUGGAAAUCGUCCUAUCCGCCUCCAGGUUCAAUAUCGUAUGCAUCCGGAGUUGUCCUCUUUUCCAAGUAAUGUCUUCUACGAAGGCAGUCUCCAGAAUGGCGUUACUCAGACCGAACGUCAGCUUCGAGGUGUAGAUUGGGAGUGGCCUGUUCCCGGUCGUCCAAUGAUCUUUUGGUCAUGUUAUGGCCAAGAGGAAAUGAGUGCUAGUGGGACAUCUUUCCUCAAUAGGACUGAAGCGGCGAAUGUCGAGAAGCUUGCAAGCAAAUUAAUAAGAGGUGGUAUGCGCCCUGAGCAAAUUGGUAUAAUAACACCGUAUGAAGGUCAGCGAUCCUAUAUAGUACAGUACAUGCACACGCAGGGCACACUCAAUAGUAAACUCUACGAGAAUAUGGAAAUAGCAAAUGUCGAUGCUUUUCAGGGCCGCGAGAAAGACCUCAUUAUUGUCACAUGUGUGAGGUCAAAUGAUCACUCUGGGAUAGGUUUUCUCAAUGAUCCGCGUAGAUUAAAUGUGGCUCUGACUAGGGCGAAGUAUGGAUUGAUUAUCAUCGGGAAUGCAAAGGUCUUGGCUCGUCAGCCGUUAUGGAAUGAUCUACUAACUACUUUCAACCAAAAAAAUGUGAUCGUCGAGGGUCCUAUCAAUAACUUGAAAUCAGUUCAAAUCACCUUACCAAAACCGAAACCACAGCGUUCAAAUCCGGCGUAUCCGACUGAUCGAUAUGGUAUCCAGCGAACUACUUACACGCUACGUGAGUAUCGUGGUGGUUAUGGAAGAGAUGUGCCGCCGAUGGAUCCUCAUUCUGCAAUUUCUGCUCAUUCCCUUCGACACGCUGCUAAUUUACCUGUUCCUUUGCAUAUGUUGCAGAUGUUCCCUCCUCCCCCAUUUCCUCAACAGCCUCCGCAGCAACGGUUUCCCCCCGGGCGACGGAAUGCACCUGCUUGGCCUCCUACUCCUCAGUCAGUGGGUACUUCUUCUAUGCGAGUGGGCCAAUCGCAGAAUGAUUAUGGAGGAAUGUAUGCGUCUCAGGCGUCUCAAGAUCCGCUUAUUGGAGUCGAUGCGUAUGGAGAUGUCUCUAUAUCAGGAUGGACGCAGUCGCAAUCACAAAAUGUGGGAUCGAUGUCGAUGCAGUCACAGCUCAAGAUAUCGAAAACGAUAUGGCCAAUUUACUGCUCUCACAAGGACCUUGAGAUUGUGGAUAGCCAUCUAACGCUGUUGUGGGAUCGCUACGGAUCAGCGGUGAUAGGCUAUGAAGUCCUCGCUGAUCGGCCAGUUUCUACUCGAUACGCUUUUUCGACCGGAUUCGUGGCGCAGAUGGGUCGAAAAUUUCAAAAGAAGCGGAAACGGCUAGGUAUGACUUCCAAGGAAGGAUGUGAUGGCAAGGGAGACUCACGUGAUGAGUGGAAGAACCAUAAACCGUACAAGGAUAUUGUGAAAGAGAAUGAGAAGUACUGGAGCUUUUACAAAGCACAGAAUCUCUUUCCAGAAGAGGAGUGGGAUGCGUUCUGUGAAACUCUACGGACUGACUUGCCUGUGUCUUUUCGCGUGCAAGGAUGUCACAAGGAUCGGGACAAAUUAAUGCAGGAGAUGGAAACAAAGUUCUUCGUGCCAAUUUCGAAGUCGGAGGAUUCAGAUGUCUACGAACCAAAACCUUUACCGUGGUAUCCAGGUGCAUACCAAACAAAGAUGACUAGAACAGCAGUAAGGAGUCAUCCUAUCUUGGCUCACCUUCAUAAUUUUCUGGUUACUGAAGCAGAGAUUGGCCACAUAUCACGUCAGGAAGCUGUGAGUAUGAUUCCACCACUUCUUCUUAAUCCUUCAUCAAAUCAUCUUGUCCUGGACAUGUGUGCGGCUCCCGGUAGCAAAACAGCACAGUUGAUAGAAAUGAUGCACGAAACAACUAACAGUCCAAGUGGUAUGCUGAUAGCUAAUGAUGUGGACAAAAAACGGUGUUACAUGCUGAUUCAUCAGACUUUGAAACGUUUUCAUACGGCUUGCUGUGCAGUCAUUUGUGAAGAUGCAGCCAGAAUGCCAGUCUUGAAAGGGAUGAACGAUGAAGCAUUGAAGUUCGAUCGUAUACUUUGUGAUGUAAUCUGCAGCGGAGACGGUACACUCCGGAAGAAUCCAGAGAUCUGGAUGAAGUGGACGCCCCAGGAUGCGCUUGGGUUACACCGUAUGCAGCUUUCUAUCGCUCAGAAAGGGGCUAUGCUGUUGAAGGUGGGCGGUCGUAUGGUCUAUUCGACCUGCUCUAUGAAUCCAAUAGAAGACGAAGCUGUUGUUGCGCAGCUUAUUCGAACUUCUGGCGGAGCACUUCGGUUAUGUGACGCGCAUUCCCUUCUUCCUAAGCUUAAGGCUCUUCGUGGAGUUUCGUCGUGGAAGGUUUUCGAUCGUGACAUGAACGUGUAUGAUAAACCACAAGAUGUGUCGGGAUUUCUGCAGAAAUUGAUCUGUAACUCAUGUUUUCCCCCAUCAGAAGAAGAAGCAAAAUCCCUUCACUUGGAUUAUUGCAUGCGUAUUGUUCCUCAUCACCAAGACACUGGCGGGUUUUUUGUAGCACUGAUCGAUAAAGUUGCUGAAGGGAACUUUGAUAACAUUGUGGCAGCAGGUGCGCCUGCGCAUAGGAAGCAAAAGAUGUUCAAGGAUGAACCGUUUACUUUCUUGAAGAAGGAUGACGAACGAUGGUUCGAUAUAAAGAACCACUACGGCAUUUUGGAUGAUUUCGAAUACGAGAAUCUGUUCAGCCGACGUCUUGCAGAGCACGACGUCAACUGUCGACAAUUGUUCUAUGCAAACAGUGCUGUCAAGGAUUUCGUUAAACGCAACAUGACAACAGUUUCAAUCCAAAAUGCAGGAAUGAAGAUGUUCAGUCGCAACGAACAAAAAGUUGAAACGACGAGGUUCCGCCUGUCGCAAGAAGGUAUUCGUCACCUGCUCCCCUACCUGCAGAAACAGCUGGUUAAGAUCGAUCAAGAUGAUAUGCUGAAAAUUUUGAAAACCGAGGAGACCAUGAUCCCUCUAGAAUCUCUUCGAUGCAAAGAUGACGUUAGAGCGCAAAAUCCAGGAAGUCUUGUGCUGUUUACAGAUCGCGCCGAUCCUGUGUGCACAUGGGUUGGAUUCCACACUGUAGCUCCAUACUUGAGUAAGGAAGAACGUGUCCAUAUGCUUCGCAUGAUGGGAGUUGAUUGCUCUGAAAUCGAGCAAAUGAUGAAAUCAAAGCGGAAGCAAAAGGCCGCAGCUGAUCGACUUGCUGCUGAAUUCGAGAGAAAUGAAGGCAAAAGCUUGGCAUCCGAUUCAAUCGUCGUUGAAGGCGACGAUAUCGGCACCUUUCUUUCAGAUAACGACGAAAGCGAAAAUAGAGAAUAG